AUGGCUGCUACGGGUGAGAAUUUAGUUUCUUGGUCAAAAACUGGCUUAAUUGCUUAUGCUGAUAGUACUUCUCAAGACGGUAAUUUAUGUAUUACAUUUCUGGAGACUAUUAAUGGUACUAAUUGGAGAUUUCACCCUCCUAAGAGAUAUAUAAUACAUCCUCAUUUACAUGAAUCCCCCAGCUCAGAGACACCUGGCAAUGUUAACGGUAGUAAUAAAAGGAAUUCUAUAGGUCCAGUUGGUACACCAAAUGUAGGAAUUCCUAAUGUUUCCAAGACAACAAAUUAUUUCUUUUACGAUAUUAAAUCAGUCUACUGGAACAAUUGGUUUAAUUUACCAGGUGAUAUGUUAGCCGUUUGUGAUGAAUUAGGUAAUAUGACAAUGCUUAUAUUGGGACAAAGCCCAAAUGGACCUGUGACGAUGGAUAAAUUAACAAUGUUAUUUCAAGAUAACGUAUAUAAGAUCCAUAACAAAUUGAUACAAUUGGAUGAAUCUGUAAAUAGUGUACUCAAGAUUGAAAAAAAGAGAACUAAAAAAGAAUAUCAAACAGCUAUUUCUGAUUUUUUUUGGUUAAGUUCUUCAAAAGCCGUCAUUUCUUCACAAUUUUGUGUUCUAGAUAGUACUAUUAACACAUAUAGAAAUAAAGUGCAACAAAUUCCUCCAUAUGGUGUAUUUCAUCCACCUUUUAUGAAAUAUGCAUGUUUGGCAAUUCGUAAAAAUGGUCAAAUUGAUUUUUGGUAUCAAUUUUCUAAUUCAAAAAAUCAUAAGAAGAUAACAUUACAAUUGAAUAACAUACAAAAAAAUCAAUCAAAAGAACUGGAUUGGCUAGAAUUUUCCAAGAUUACUCCUAUUAAUGAAGAACAAUAUUUAUUACUAUCUUGCUACUCUAAAAUUGCAAACAGAUUGUCUUUUCAUAAAUUGCAUGUUAACUGGAAUGUUAAUACCACUAAUCACAACCAACUAAACGAUCCAUCUUUGACCAUUUCACAUAUUUAUGAAAUUAAUUUAGAUAGAGUUGAUGAAGAGGGAAAGGUACUUGAAUUUGUAAACCUUCAAGUUUUAUCCAAAUCACCUGUUGAAAAGGACACAGCACCUGAAAUACUAUUGAUAUACAAUGUUGCUGGUACUAAUAGUUCUGUUGUGAAAAGAUAUAGAUUGAACCCAAUAAAACUGGAUCCAAAUUAUCUGUUAGUUCUUAAUCCAGAAUUAACAAGUUUAGGUGAGAAAGCUCUGAAUCCACCUCAAAGAUACACUCUAAAGUUUUCUGGAGAUUUAUUAUUUAAUCAAAGAAUUCGUCAAGUAUCUACCGAAAUAAUUGAUGGGUUUAUUACGUUUUACCUGCAGGAUGGAUCAAUUCAGACUUAUAAUCAAAGUGAUUGGAGUCUUGAAAAUGAAAGAUUACAAAAUCAAAAUAGACAAGGUAAAUUUAGAGAUAUAUUAACUUCAGUACUAAGUGCGGGAUUCACUUUCCCUAAGUUACCCACAUGGAGCAUUGUAGAAUGGGCAACAGUUUCUCCAGCAAUGACUGGUGUCAUAGUAAAGUUAGUUGGAAAAGAUGAACCAAAAUUUUUAACAGUCUAUCAAACUGACAGUUCCAAUGAAAAGAAUGAUUCAGUUAAUAGUACAUCAUUCGCUUUUGGGUUUGUUGCCGGGAUCCAUAGACAAUUGUCAGCAGAAGAUCUGUCAAUUGCAUGUAAGACACACUUAAUGAACAUUUCCAAAGAUAAUCCCGAAAGGGGAAAAUCUUUUAUCACUUCAUUAAUAUCGUGUAUUUAUUCAUUCUUUAAUAUCACUCCAGAUGCUCCAACUGAGAUUUUAGACAAAAUGAUAUCCAGUAGACCUGUACAAAAAGCUAUGUUAUUACAGUUGGAAUUGGGAAGUAGCUUUAAAAAUGAAAAUAUAUAUGAGAUGGCCCGUGUCGUAAUGAGUUUAAGAAACGUAUAUUUUGCAUUAAAUGGUGUUGCACGUAAUUUACAGUUUGCAAUCGAACAAUUAAGUGGAUCUAAUGCAGCUCAAUUGACUAAUGGAAAGCUUUUUCAAACUGCUUUUACAAAACAAGAUCUCGUGCAUUCAUUAAUUCCAAUUGCUAAGUGGAUCGUAAAAUUUGUUACAUGUCUUGUACAAGAUUUGCUGAUUUUAAUCAACAAUCCUGGAAUAAAUGAUAGUAAGCUGGUCUAUGGUGUUUUAGGGGCAAGAAUUCCUCGAGCUUUAAUCUUAUCGAUAUUAACUGAAAUAAAACGAGUUACACAAUUGAUAACGAAAUUUCCAGAAAACACAUUCCCAGUUCUUAACGAAUCAUCUGCUUUUUUAAAAAUGAUUUUAAAUGAAUCUCCUGUUAGUUUUGAAAGAUUCGAAACUUUUAUGAUAGAUAUCAAUAAUAAAUUUUCAUCUCUAAAUGAACAGGAACCAUCCACAAAACGUGAACCGUCAUUGUUGGUCAAAGCAGAAAUACCUCCAGAGUACACAAAAAUAUGUGACUUUAUAUUAACAUGUACAAAAAGUACUAUUUUAUCUCAUAUUGAUCCAGCAUUUGUAUAUUUCACAGAUACUAGCGGUUUAGGAAUAUCUAAAGAAGAAUUAUUUGACAAUUCAAUAAUUGAAAUACUCCAGCCUUUAGAAGAGGGUUUAGUGGUAGAUUCAUCGAGACUUCCAGAACAUUUCAAGGGCUCAAAAUCAUUUUCUAAAUUAAAUUGUGAUGGUAUAUCUUAUGAUACUUUUACAAAAGAAGAAUUAAAUAAUGGUACAUUAAAAAGAUGUUGCAGAUGUGGUUGUAUUACCAGAGCAGGUUAUGCAAUUUCCGGUGAUAAAACUAUUAUCCCAACAUCAAUUCAAACUAAAAGAUGGCCAACUAUGUAUGCAAGAGUUUGUAUAUGUUCUGGUUACCUAUAUGAAUUAGAGAAUUAG